AACGGGGCGGCUGCGGGGGGAGGAGGCGGGGGCUGCCUUCAAACGCACAAAAACAAUCCGCCGCGCAGGCGCAGUCUGUGCCCUCCGCGCGAGCCGCCUUCCUCGCGGACUGCCGGCGCUGCCCCCCCCCCCCCCCCGCGCCCUCUCAGCGGCGAUGCUGGGCGGAGACGAGGAGACGACCGCGGUGCUGGCCGGAGGGGGCGCUCCAUCGCCGGGCCCCGCUGCUUCUCCCUCCGGGGCGGCAGCGGAGGAAGGAGAGGAAGGAACCGCCGCCCCCGCCCAGGAAGAAGCGGGGGAGGAUGAGGAGAAAAAAGAGGAGGGCGGAGACGAGGAAGAGGAGGAGGAGGAGGAAGAAGCCGCGGCAGAAGCGGAGCGCGACACCCGGCAGCGCUACGAGGAGCUCUGCGGGCUGCUCAACAUGGACGAGCGAGCCCGAGCCGAGGCCUGGCUGAGCUACCAGAGCAUGAGGAGAAAUUACACCCUGGAGGGAAACAAUCUACAUUGGCUAGCGUGUUCCUUAUAUGUGGCUUGCAGAAAAGCCGUCCCGACAGUUAGCAGAGGAACUGUUGAAGGAAACUAUGUAUCCUUAAUAAGAAUAUUACGCUGCUCAGGACAAAGUUUGAUAGAGUUUUUUAACAAGAUGAAGAAAUGGGAAGAUAUGGCAAAUCUACCCUCCCAGUUCAGAGAACGUACCACAAGAUUAGAAAGAAACUUUACAGUUUCUGCUGUAAUUUUUAAGAAGUAUGAACCCAUUUUUCAGGACAUUUUCAAGUACCCUCAAGAUGAACAGCCACGCCAGCAGAGAGGAAGAAAACAAAGGAGACAACCUUGCACAGUUCCUGAAGUGUUCCAGUUUUGCUGGGUACUUUUUGUUUAUGCAAAAGGCAAUUUCCCUAUGAUCAGUGAUGACUUGGUCAAUUCCUACCAUCUCUUAUUAUGUGUCCUGGAUCUAGUUUAUGGAAAUUCACUGCAAUGCCCAAACCGUAAGGAGCUUCUGAAUCCCAAUUUUAAAGGGCUGCCUGAAGACUUUCAUAGUAAGGAUUUCAAGCUGUUGUCUGAGCCCCCCUGUAUCAUUGAAAAACUCUGCUCCUUACAUGAUGGAGUGGUGUUAGAAGCCAAGGGUAUAAAGGAACAUUUCUGGAAGCCUUAUGUGAGGAAACUUUUUGAGAAAAAGAUUCUAAAGGGAAAAGAGGAAAACCUGACUGGGUUUCUCGAUCCAGGAAACUUUGGAGAAAGUUUCAAAGCCAUCAACAAGGCCUAUGAGGAGUAUGUAUUGUCUGUUGGAAAUCUAGAUGAGCGAAUAUUUCUUGGGGAUGAUGCAGAUGAGGAAAUAGGAACCCUGCGAAGAUGCUUAAACACAACUUCGGGCAUGGAAACAGCGGAAAGAGUGCAAGUGAAAUGUAAUUUGCAGGAACAUUUCGAACAAACAAAGUCCUUUAGAAUAUCUACACCUCUUACUGGCCGGAAGUAUAUAAAGGAGAGUGACCCGUGUGACAGCCCCAUUUCCAUUGCUACAUACAGCUUGACCCGGCUCCAUACGAUGUUGACAGGGCUGAAGAAUGCCCCUAGUGAAAAUCUGGAGCAAAUUCUCAGGGCAUGUUCCAGGGAUCCUUCUCUCUCAAUUGCCAAUAGAUUGAAAGAAAUGUACGGAAUUUAUUGUCAGAGGGCACAGGGAGAACCAGGCAGCUUCUCCAAAGAGACUGUUGGAAAACACUUUCGGCUUGCCGAAGUCCUUUACUAUAAGGUAUUGGAGUCUGUCAUUGAGCAGGAAAAGCGAAGGCUAGGAGAUGCUGACUUAUCUGCCAUUCUGGAGCAUGAUGUGUUUCACAGGUCUUUGCUGGCCUGUUGCCUUGAGAUAAUAACUUACUCUUACAACCCAGCUGAAAGUUUUCUGUUUAUCACGGAUAUAUUUGAUGUUCCAGCCUUUCACUUUUAUAAGGUAAUAGAGAUUCUGAUACGAGCAGAAGAUGGCCUUUGCCGAGAAGUGGUGAAGCACCUCAAUCACAUCGAGGAGCAGAUCUUAGAGAGCCUGGCAUGGAAAGUGGAAUCUCCAUUAUGGGACAAAAUAAAAGAAAAUGAAAAUAAAGUUCCCAACUGUGAGGAGGUUAUGCCCUCUCAGUAUUUUGAAAAGUCAGAUGGCAACAGUGUGGCAGGCUCCCCGAGGAGGUUAAUUGAGGUCCGUGCUGAAAGUGGAGCACUGGGGAAGGCCCUUUCGUCUUCUCCGACCACACUGUAUGAGAGAUACAGCUCUCCUACAGGCAACCCCACCAGGAGGAGGCUGUUUGUCGAUAACGACACCCCCACUGACGCCACUCGGACCUCUGUGAGAGUCUCGCAGCAGCCUGUGGUCAGCACGGUACCUGUGCAGAACGUCUCGUCAGAAGCGAUACCUGUCACGCCAGUCCCUGGGCAGACUCUCGUAACCGUGGCAACCGCAACUGUAACUGCAAACAACGGGCAGACGGUCACGAUACCGGUGCAAGGCAUUGCCAAUGAAAAUGGAGGAAUAACGUUCAUCCCAGUGCAGGUCAACGUAGGUGGGCAAGGCCAACCACUCUCCAGUUCCAUCCAGCCUCUCAGUGCACAGACCCUUGCUGGGACUCUGAGCACUCAACAGAUGGCUGGAACAGCCCUACAGUUACAAGGCCAAGUGGCGGUCCAACAGAUUGCCCUUCCUGGAGAAAAUCGGCCAAAGCAACAACUGGGCAGCUCUAGUGCUAAAUCCCGAAAGGCUGGCUCACUCUCGCUCUUCUUUAGAAAGGUGUUCCACUUAGCAAGUGUCCGCCUGCGGGAUCUCUGUCUCAAACUGGAUAUUUCAGAUGAUCUGAGGAAGAAAAUCUGGACCUGUUUUGAAUUCUCUCUGGUUCAGUGCUCUGAGCUCAUGAUGGACCGGCAUUUAGAUCAACUGUUGAUGUGUGCUAUUUAUGUAAUUGCAAAGGUUACUAAAGAAGACACUUCAUUUCAGAACAUCAUGCGCUGUUAUCGGACACAACCACAAGCCAAAAGCCACGUAUAUCGAAGUGUCUUGAUAAAAGGCAGAAGACGAAGGCAUUCAGGCAACAGUGAAAACCACAGCCAGCAGAAUUCGCCAGAUGAGAGGAAUAAGGAUAAAACAAGCAGAGAUUCCAGCCCAGUGAUGAGAUCGAGCAGCACCCUGCCAGUCCCACAGCCCAGUAGUGCUCCCCCGACUCCAACACGCCUGACUGGGGCCAACAGUGAUAUCGAGGAAGAAGAACGGGGGGAUCUGAUUCAGUUUUAUAAUAAUGUCUACAGUGACCGAAUUAAGGACUUUGCCCUGAAGUACUCCCCAACCAAUGGAGCUGAAGCUCCUCCCCUGUCUCCAUAUCCUUUUGUAAGAAGUGGAUCUCCACGCAGAAUCCAGCUGUCUCAGAAUCACUCCAUUUACAUUUCCCCUCACAAAAAUGAAUCUGCUUUGUCUCCACGGGAGAAGAUAUUCUACUAUUUUAGCAGCAGCCCAUCAAAGAGACUUCAUGAGAUUAACAGUAUGAUUAGAACUGGGGAGACGUCAACAAAGAAGAGGGGCAUUGUCCUAGAAGAGGGUGCUGAAUCGCCAGCCAAGCGCAUGUGCCCUGAAAACCACACAGCCCUCCUGCGGCGGUUGCAAGACGUGGCCAAUGACCGAGGUUCUCACUGAGCUCCAGUAGACUACUCUUGGGAGGGUUGGUUCUGUGCGGGCUGGCAGUUGGCCAGUCGCGGCCAUGCCUGCAACCUUCAUGCAUCUGAGGCACUUUCCAUGGUGUCAUGAAGGACUGGGGGACCGUCAAGGGCACGCUACUUCUGGCACCAGCUGAACUGCAGCUCUUGGAGAGCCGUCUGCAGUGUUCAUGCCAUUCUGUCGGGAAGAGGCUUCCUCCUCCAUCAUGAUGCUGCAACAGAAAGUCCACUCCUCUCUUGCUGGGGAAUACAUAGGAGAGUGUUGCUAGCUGCACUUUCCCCACUGCAGCAUUUUUAACUUAUUGACAGAAGUUAUGUUUAGUGCCAUAGAAAGGGGUGGUAACUAGUUUUUACACAUUGGUUCAGAAAGCAUUAAUUUUUGUAGCUAUUUGGCAAGCCUAUCAUUGUAGUACUUGGAAUUGGUGUGUCAUUGAGAAAAGCAAGCCUAGAAGCUAGUCAUCAGAUCAGGAUGAUGGAAUGGAUACCAAACUUGGCUACCUACCCAGGAAACCACUGGCAUUCCAGUUAAGAGCAGCCAAUGGUUAAGAUGACACAGGAGAGGAGAUAGAACAGAAGCAGUAUUUUAGCAAAAACUUUAGCUCACUUGCCCAGUUUUGUCUGUCUUACAUGCCCUUCAGUAAUUAAGAUAAUUGUGUUCAAAGCUGUGCAAUGUUUUAAGUGAACUCUUAACCCGAGGGUAGCACUUCAAGGCCUCUGAAGCAUCAUUUUGAAAUGCAGAUUAGUUUGCUAUCUAUUUGCAAUGGCACUUUUAAAAAAAUAUAUUUUAAAUAGCCAAA